CCCGGAGCACUUUGUGUAAUGCAGCACAUGAGUCGUGAACUGACACAAACACAAUCGACGACGACAACACGACGCUUUCAACAGGAAACCGAAAGUGUUUCGAUUCAUACUUUACUUUCGCUUUUAAACGUGAUGACAUUCGGCUGCGAGUUGGUCUAAGCUUUCAUUUCUUCUACCCUGUGCUGCGGUAUAUGUGAAUUUAUGUCAUCCGACGGUGUUUUAGAGCGAUGGAAGACCUGUCCAAACACAUGAGACUGAGAGAAUGGCUCAUAGCUCAGAUAGACAGUGGGAAAUACCCCGGACUGAGCUGGGAAAACCAUGAGAAGAGCAUGUUCAAAAUUCCCUGGAAGCAUGCUGCCAAACAGGACUACAGACAGAACCAAGACGCGGCGCUCUUUAAGGCAUGGGCCAUGUACAAAGGUAAAUUUCAGGAGGGCAAGGACAAAGCAGAUCCUUCCACGUGGAAAACCCGUUUGCGUUGUGCCCUCAACAAGAGCACAGAUUUCAAGGAGGUUCCAGAACGCAGUCAGCUGGACAUCUCUGAACCCUUCAAGGUUUACCGGAUCCUGGACGACACUGGACGAGGGGCAGAAAUGUGUGUAGAUGAGGAGGUAAUAGAGGACGGGGCUCUGAGACAAACACAUCUGCUGAUGCAGCAGGUCAGCUCACUGGGCGAGUCAAACAGAGAAUGGUCGGAGAGAACAGCCAACGGCCUGUCGUAUGCCUGUACGCCCGGAAUAGACUCCAAAGGCCAUUCUCAGUGUGUUCCUUCAACAUAUCUAUCUCAAGUGCCCUUGUCUGACUGUCGUCUGGAGGUGCGUCUGUUUUAUCACGGUGAAAUGGUGCACAGCACCGUAUCUGCAUCUCCAGACGGCUGCUUUAUCCUGCAGGGCUGUGCUCCACUUGGAAACGAGCGCAUCUAUGGGCCGUGUCAAGCCAAGAAAGUCUUCUUCCCUGGUCCGGACAUUGUGUCCCUGUCCCCAGGCAUCACGGAGGCAAUGAGCCGUCUGCUGCCCCACCUGGAGAAGGGUGUGCUGGUGUGGGUUGCUCCCGACGGCGUCUUCAUCAAACGCUUCUGCCAGGGCCGGGUGUACUGGGACGGUCCGCUGGCCGAACACAGAGAGAAACCCAACAAGCUAGAGAGAGAGAGGACCUGCAAGCUGCUAGAUAUGAACGUCUUUUCACAAGAGUUACAAAAUCACUGGCAGGGCACGGGGCCCGAGCCGCGAUAUGUGGUGGACCUGUGCUUUGGAGAGGAGUUCCCUGACAGCAGUCAACCAAAGAGCAAGAAGCUCAUCACUGCACAGGUGAUUCCUCUGUUUGCUGUGGAGUGUAUAGAGAGACACGAUCCGUCUAAGAGUGUGGAGAUGAAGCCUUCACCCUCACAAAGGAGCUGUAUGCAAAGCCAUGCAUAGCCACGCUUUAUCACAGCAGAAACCUUUCAUCAUCUAACAAAAUGGGGAUUUUUUGUGACUAUCAAGCAAAGUCUUUAUUCUAACUAUAAUGAGGAUACUGACAGAAUUCUACACAAAUGAUUUUGGUCUUUUUGUACGACUUGAUUAAGUUAUUUCAGAUAACAAUGUAAACAUGAGGUUAUAAUAUAACAUGCUUAUUGUCAAUGCACACAUGUGUGACUUGUGAACAUUUUUGUACUAUUUGAUAAAAUCAGAAUGUCUUAAUCAUG